AUGUCCGCACUAGAGUUACACACAAUAGGGCGCUCCGUUUGGGCGGCGACCUUGCUGCUCCACUUCUGGCAGCUGGCUUCAGGUGUUGAUGGGUUCGGCAUGAAUCUGAUGGCGGUGGCCAAUGAGGACAGAGCACAGGGCGCCUGCAUCCUUGCGCUGCUGCGAAAGUACUUUGACUCCGGGGACGGUCUCUCCGGCUCGGUGCUGUGCAUCAGUCGCAACUAUCAGCUGCACCAUGUCCAGGAGCGGCUGCUCAGUGGCAUGAAUUUGUAUGAGGGAUAUCCGUGGACUCUGCUGGUCACGAAUCCCAGGGAGGGGCCAGCGCCAUCCACUGAGUUCGUAAUGAACGAGAAGCCGCAAUGCUAUUUUCUGAUGGUGGGCAAUCUCGAGGACGAGGACCUGGACGAGGUGUUCGACUACUGGAAGGGCAUGCUGAACUGGAAUCCACUCGCCCAGUUUGUCGUCUACCUGGCCGCGGUAGAGGAGACGGACGAGGAGAUGACAGACCUGAUGGUGGAGCUGCUGCUCACGUUCAUGAACAAGAAGAUCUUCAACGUGAACGUGAUUGGACAGAGCGAGGAGAACGAGUUUUACUACGGCAAGAGCGUGUUUCCCUACCAUCCGGACAACAAUUGCGGUAAUCGGGUAAUAGCCGUGGAGCUGCUCGAUGCCUGCGCCUAUCAGAGUGCCAAUAAGGCCGACAAAGACUACGACUAUGAGGAGGAAGAGGAAGAGGGUGGUGCAGACGAAAUCGCAGAGGAAGCUGAGGAAAAUGGGGAAAAUGGUGGAGAAGAAGCUACCGAAAUUACAGAAGAAAAUACAGAAAAUAAUGGUGAAGAGAACACUGACAACGAAAUGGAAUACGAAGGAAGCGAUCUCUACUUGGAAUCUGGCGAUAACUUGAUUGACAAUAAAGCUCUGCUGAUGAGAAUGUACGAUGAGUACGCUGAUCAAUCAACGGAGAAUGAAGGCCAAGAUGAGUCUGCUCAGUCCACAGAGAGUAGCAAUAAGGUCCAAUCCGAACAGAGAAGCAAGGAAGAUAAAUCUGAUCAGUCAACGGAGAGUGGCACUGAGGAUACAUCUGUUCAACCAACGGAUAGCAAUAAUGAAGAUCUAUCAGAGCAUUCAACUGAGAGUGGGGAAGGGAACAGCUCUUCCAAUGUCACUGCCAAAGUAGAGGCUACCAUCGAGGAGUUCUAUCGAGCAAAGUUUGAAGAUAAGUUUCCACGCGACCUGAGCGGAUGUCCACUAACGGCCGCAUUCCGGCCCUGGGAGCCCUACAUCUUUCGCAGCGGCGAGGAACCUGUCGAGGACUACUACUACGGCGCGCAGGGUGAUGGCGACUAUAACGAGACAAGCAGCUAUGGGGACCCGGGAGAUGAAAGCUACGCGGAUGCAGACGCGGAGGACACUGACGGCCUACUGGAAGCAGAUGCCGUGGCGGAUGGGGCCAAGGCCAAGCUCGGUGGCAUUGAGUACCAGAUGGUGCAGACCAUUGCGGAACGCCUGCAUGUGCACAUCGAUAUGCAGGCGGAGAACAGCAAUCUGUACCAUCUGUUCCAGCAGCUAAUCGACGGCGAAAUCGAGAUGAUUGUGGGUGGCAUCGAUGAGGACCCCAGCAUUAGCCAGUUCGUGUCCAGCUCGAUUCCCUACCACCAGGACGACCUCACCUGGUGCGUGGCACGGGCCAAGCGGAAGCACGGCUUCUUUAACUUUGUGGCCACCUUCAAUGCGGACGCAGGCUUCCUGCUCCUGCUCUUCAUUGUCACCUGCUCCUUUGUGGUGCUGAUGGCGCAGCGUGUCACGGGCUUCCGCUUGCGCAAUCUCAAUAAUUAUUUCGCCAUAUGCCUGCGCAUGCUGGGCAUUCUCUUGACGCAGGCCAUGCCCGCCCAUCCGCUGCCUCUGGUGCUGAGGCUGCUCUUUGCGCUCGCCUUUCUGAUGGGCUUCUUCUUCAGCAACACCUACCAGAGCUUCCUGAUAAGCACGCUUACCACUCCGCGCAGCUCGCAUCAGAUCCAGUCCCUGGAGGAGAUCUACAGCCAUCGCAUGACCAUCAUGGGCAGCUCGGAGAACGUUCGCCAUCUGAACAAGGAUGGAGAGAUCUUCAAGUAUAUUCGUGAAAAGUUCCAGAUGUGCUACAACAUCGUGGACUGCCUCAAUGAUGCUGCCAACAAUGAGCACAUAGCCGUGGCCGUCUCGCGGCAGCACUCCUUCUACAAUCCACGCAUCCAGCGGGAUCGCCUCUUCUGCUUCGAUCGCCGGGAGUCCCUCUAUGUGUACUUGGUCACGAUGCUGCUGCCCAAGAAGUACCACUUGCUGCACCAGAUCAACCCCGUCAUCCAGCACAUCAUCGAGUCGGGGCACAUGCACAAGUGGGCCCGCGACCUGGACAUGAAGCGCAAGAUUCAUGAGGAGAUCAAUCGCGUGCGCGAGGAUCCCUUCAAGGCCCUGACUUUGGCUCAGUUCCAUGGGGCGUUCGCCUUCUCCAGUGGCCUACUUGUGAUCUCCUUCAGCGUCUUUCUCAUCGAAUACACAGAUACGGAUACACAGCUACAGAGACGAUCUGUGAGCGAAUGCUACCUACCGCCUACGAUGGGGAUGCUGCUACUGCUGCUGCUCCGAUCCGAUCCGGAGGAUCUGCCCCUGUAUCUGUGUAUCUGUCCAUCUGUGUAG